ACAUGCGUGCAGAAGCGUUGUCUUCUUCUCCACCGUCUUCGGGUUUUCCAUUUUUAAGUGCCCAGAUUAGUCUCAAUCCAUACCAUCUGCCAAGCCCCGACAGAUACAAACAUAUAUAGCUCCCAGUCCACUACUGUCAAACUCUUUUCAAGCUUCUUUCUUUUGCUUUUUCUGUCACUGACGAAAUGGCUGAUUUAAGAGAUGUGCAUGGCAACCCCAUUCGACUCACUGAUGAGCAAGGCAACCCAGUUCAACUGACCGACGAAUACGGUAACCCCGUGCACGUCACUGGUAUAGCCUCCAAGCAUCCAGUUAUGACUCAGACAGGUGUGCAUGGCGGUCAGAUGGGAGAUGAGACUGGCUCUGCAGCUGGGUAUCAGCAGCAGCAUCCACAGCAGCUGCAUUACGAGGCUUCCAGCAGGGUCGAGAUUCAGCGCUCCAACAGCUCCAGCUCGUCCGAGGAUGAUGAGAUGGGCGGGAUAAGGAAGAAGAAAGGGCUGAAGGACAAAAUAAAGGAUAAACUGACAGGUGGAAAGCACAAGGAGGAGGUGCAAUCACAGACCACAACUCACGAGUCUAAAGCCACGACCACCAGCGUCGCGCAUGGGCAGCAACACACUGAGCACGAGAAGAAGACAAUGAUGGAGAAGAUCAAGGAAAAAUUCCCUGGUCAUCAUAGUCAUUAAAGCUGUCUGAAUGAAUUGCAACUUUAGUUUUGGAUGCUGUGUUUGUAAUGAUGUUGGCCUUAAAAUUAUGUGUGCUUGUAAAUUUAUCAUGAGUUUGAAGUGUGAUCUGUAAUAAACAGUACAUUAUGAUGUAGGA